UCAAGCGACCCGGCGGGGGCGACCAGCCUAUGUGGUGGCGCAGAACCGGUAUUUUGACAGUUCACCGCCAGACCCACGUCGUGCAGGUAGCGCGCUCUCCGCUGCCUAUCCGUCUCUUGCGAUUCUUCCGCUCGUCUCCAGUCUCGCCGCAACCUCGCGAUGGCCCAGGACAGUGGAUUGGUUCUCGUCACAGGGGCCUCCGGCUUCAUCGCCCUGCACGUGGUUCGAGCCCUGCUCAAGCAAGGCUUCCGAGUGCGCGGUACAGUCCGCGACGCCAAGAACGACAGCAAGACCAAGCCGCUCCGGACCUGCUACCCCGAAGCCCAGCACCCCGUGGAACUGGCGGAGGCCGACCUCCUGGACGACGCCGGAUGGGCCGACGCCGUCAAGGGCUGCCAGCUCGUCGUUCACGUGGCAUCACCUUUCCCGAACGCCGAACCGAACCACCCCGACGACGUGAUCCGACCGGCCGUCGAAGGCACGCGACGCGUGCUCAAGUUCGCCGCUGACGCCGGCACGGUCCGGCGUGUGGUCCUCACCAGCACCAUGGGUGCCGUGCACGGCGAAGUGGACACUCCGGCAGAUCGCGAGUACGAUGAGAACGACUGGACCAACGUGGACUUCAAGGGCCUCGAGACGUACGCCAAGAGCAAGACCCUUGCUGAGAAGGCUGCCUGGGACUUCGUCAACGCGCUCCCCGCCGCCAAGCGCUUCGAGCUGGUCACCGUCAACCCGUCGCUGGUGUUCGGCCCGCCGCUGCAUGGCACAUACGGCACGAGCAUCGAGGUCGUCAAGCGACUCCUGGACAAGUCGACGCCCCUGAUUCCGUACGUCAACUUCGCCGUGUGCGAUGUCCGCGACGUGGCCAAGGCUCACGUACAGGCCCUGAUCGUGCCGGAGGCGGCCGGUCAGCGACACAUCAUCAACUCGGGCAACGUCUGGCUUAAGGACAUGGCGCACAUGCUCCGGGAAGAACUGUCGUGCCAGGGCUAUUACAUUCCGUUCCUGUCGGCGCCCAACAUCGGUCUUUGGUUCGUCGGCUUCAUCGACCGGUCGGCAAAGAUGCUGUACCCUCGGGUCGGCAAGGUGUUCAAGUUCUCGAACAAGCGCAUGCGCGAAGUCCUCAAGGUCGAGCCGAGGCCCAUCAGGGAGUCUGUCCUGGACACGGCUCACGGUCUCAUCCAAGCCGGCAUAAUACACGAAGCUCCCAAGUACGUCCGCAAGGAGCUGCGCCUGGAUUGACCUCCCAGUUUUGCGGCUGUGGACUCUGGGGACUGACCGCGUCAUGCGGGUCCGCCGUGUACGCUGUAUGCUAUCCUUAUUGCUAACUUGUGGGCAUAUGCCCGUGGUUUUCCUUCCCACGUGAGGCGUUCCCGAACAAACAAGUGGUCGCGUGCUGCAGCGGCAUUGUGCCUUUAAUUCGAAGGGGCACAGCGCGCUCUUAACAUAACCGUGCGCACGACUUCUAUUGGGUAGCAUUCGGCGCCCGCCGUCCAUAUACUGCCUCCGUCCAAAGUUUCGGUACAGCCAGUCUGCUCGCUGCCUUACCUUAAUAAGUAACUAUGCCCGAGCGCACGCAGCUGUGUGCUCUCUGGACUUGAGUCCCGGGCAAUUAUCACGCACUUUUAAGACCUAAGUGACUUAGCUGUUGGGAAUCAAUGCGUUGAUGACUUCCCCCUGGGUAUCGUGUCUCGCUUGGGUGUUUACCGCUUCCUUCGCGAAAACAUUUUUUUCAUGACUCAUUCCUUGUCCAUGUGCACUACGUAUGUACUAUACCGAGCAACUGAACAUGCCGAAUAAAGUGUAAAUUCAUUGUUUUUUGAA